AUGGCUCGUUUAUACUUUUAUUAUUCUGCAAUGAAUGCAGGCAAGACAACAUUACUAUUACAAUCUUCUUACAAUUAUAAAGAACGUGGUUUGAGAACAAUGUUAUAUACAGCUAAAAUAGAUAACCGUACAGAAGUAGGAAUAAUUAGUUCUAGAAUUGGUUUAUCAAAGGAAGCUAAUUUAUAUUCACUUGAUACGAAUUUAUAUGAUGAAAUUGACAUAGAAAAUAAUAAAAAGAAAUUAGAUUGUAUAUUAAUUGAUGAGUGUCAAUUUUUAUCUAAAGUACAAGUUAAACAACUUUGUAAUGUAGUAGACAAAUUAAAAAUACCUGUUUUAUGUUAUGGAUUAAGGACUGAUUUUAGAGGAGAAUUAUUUGAAGGAAGUCAAUAUUUAUUAGCUUGGUGUGAUAAAUUAAUUGAAGUUAAAACUAUCUGUCAUUGUGGUAGGAAGGCAACAAUGACUAUGAGAAUUGAUCAAUGUGGUGAUGUUGUUUUAGAUGGUGAACAAAUUAAAAUUGGUGGUAAUGAAAGUUAUGUUUCUGUAUGCCGUGAACACUACAUGCUAAAGGUAUCAAAGCAAUAA